AUGUAUCAGUGGAACUUACCGUACCGGAAAGAUGACUUGGAAGCUGGCGGUGGCUCAAGGUCGAGACCUUUAUACCCAACCAUGCAUGAAACUCCGGAGCUCCGGUGGGGAUUCAUACGCAAGGUUUACUCUAUAAUCGCCUUUCAGCUUCUAGCCACCAUCGCCGUCUCCGCCACCGUCGUCACCGUCCGUCCAAUCGCUCUGUUUUUCGCCACCACAGGCGCAGGACUAGGUCUCUACAUAGUCAUCAUCAUCACCCCCUUCAUAGUGUUGUGCCCGUUGUACUAUUACCACCAGAAACAUCCUGUGAACUACUUACUCUUGGGGGUGUUCACUUUGGCUCUGGCUUUUGUCGUUGGACUGACAUGUGCCUUCACCAAUGGGAAAGUGAUUCUUGAGUCAGCAAUCCUGACGACAGUUGUGGUGCUUUCCCUCACCGUCUACACCUUCUGGGCUGCUAAGAGAGGAUAUGACUUCAACUUCCUUGGACCAUUCUUGUUUGGUGCUCUCAUCGUGCUCGUUGUCUUUGCCAUGAUACAAGUUUUUUUCCCGUUAGGGAGGACAUCGGUGAUGAUUUAUGGUUUCUUGGCAUCGGUAAUAUUCUGCGGGUACAUAGUCUAUGAUACAGACAAUCUGAUCAAACGUUACACAUAUGAUGAGUAUAUUUGGGCAGCGGUUUCUCUCUACCUGGACAUCAUCAAUCUCUUCUUGUCUCUUCUUACUAUAUUUAGAGCUUUACAGAGAUAGACGAUUGUGAGAAUGUGGUAGCUAGUUAAAAAUGUUCUUCAUCUCUCGAAACUGUUAUAAUAAUAAGGAACGUGUGGAUUUUUGAAUAUAUUUUGGUUACUGUUCCCACGUUCAUGUGAUUGUAGAGAGGACACAGAAAACAGAAAAUAGAUUCUCUGAGAGUGAACCAAAUAUUUCUACAACUUCUCUCGUGUUUACUUCUAUGUUCAGAUCAUUAACCAUAUAAAAUCUCCAGUUUAUCGACAAUCUUUGAUAAUAAUACUUAUAGGGAACAAGGGAUACAGCUCCUUCACCAUUAAAACUCAGUACCAGAUACCAAAAUGCCUACAACACUACCACAAACUUUACACAAAGACAAGGAGAAACAUAUGUGUUUUUGGAAAGCAGAGGUCCAAACACUGAGACACCUAACCAAUACAAGAAAACCAAAAGAUAGUAGAGACAAAGGAACUAU